AUGAUCAAGCUUUCUGUUGCCGCAACAUUGUCUUCGGGGAUGGCAUUGUAUGAUCAUCAGGCUUCCCAGAGAGGCCGAUCCGAAGGCUGUUGGCUCAGCGUGAUGGCAAAUACUCAGCUCCUUGCCACUCCUGGCAUUCGUUAUGGUCGCUUUUUACACAAUAAAGCCCAAUUCCCGAAAGCGGUCCAGACUGGGAUCUUCCACCGCGGCCUCGGCCUCUGCCCAGGCCUCUCGUUCUCAAUUACCCCACGAAGAGUCAUGCCGGCCAACACAUGGGAAUCCUCGGAACACGUAUUCUCGCAUUGGCCCUUGGAUGCCGUUACUACGGCACCCGGGUCUGAAUUGCUAGUAUGGCCGCGCAUUUGGAACAAUCGUAUUCGCAACAAGUGCUUAAGGCAGUUGGGGCAAAACCUCGCGGGAUUUUUCGCUCGAAAUUUUUCAGAGUCUACGUCUCUACCGCAGACGUAA